AAAAAACAGUCACCACCACGUUUUCAAAAUCGUUUUUGCAAACAGACAGGCUUAAGAUCAUCAUGAGUUACAGUUCAGAAGAAAGCAGCAGCAGCCCGGGCACUGGACAAAGGAAGUUCAAGGGGGUGCGCCAAAGAAAAUGGGGCAAGUGGGUGUCUGAAAUCCGAGUCCCGGGGACGCAAGACCGGCUCUGGUUAGGCUCUUUCUCAUCCCCGGAGGCGGCUGCGGUGGCCCGGGACAUUGCGUAUUAUUGCCUACGUAGGCCGUCGACAUUGGAAGGGCUUAACUUUCCCUUGGUGUUGCCGUCUUCAGUUCAUGCUGAUAUGUCGCCGAGGUCUAUACAGAAGGCAGCUUCGGAUGCUGGCAUGGCAGUUGAUGCUCAGUUCGUGGCUAACAGGUCACCGCAGGCAGGUGGCGGGCAGAGCAACAAUGGAAGUCAUGGGGUUGAGAGUGAGGUUUGGGAAGACAUGGGAGAGAGUUCUAGGUCCAACUGGGGAGGGCAUAUGGGAUUUGGCAAUGGCUGUGAGGAUUUGAGCAUCUCCAUUGAAGAUUAUGAUCUCUAAGUCUGGUUUUGGGUUUUGUCAUAUGUAUUAGAGAUUAAUUUAGCAUGAAGCUCUUAGAUUUUAAGUUUGAUUUCCUCCUCUCUAAUUUCACUUGUAUAAAGUCUAUGCUCAAAGUUCGAUUUCCCGCUCUCUAAUA